GCAGUGGAGCUGCUGCUGGUUUUACUGCUCUGUGCUUAACUGGGACUUUAUAUAGAAAAGGAAAUCAUAUGUACAGCGGAAAAAGUAUGAAGAGAUUAUUUAAACGCCAGCUUUUGUUCUGCUUUAAGCGCAAAGCUUUCGUUUGGUGUAACGUUCACACUUAAUGGUAGCAGUUCAAGCUAGCUUACAAGUCCCACAGACCUUUUCUCCACAACAAGAGGAGAGAGGCUGCUGAUCUUAUAUUGGGUUUGGAUGGCUUCAACUUGUGCUGGAAAAGUGAAAUGGAGUGAAGGCGACACUUGUCUGGCUCCUGGCCCAAAAGAUGGCAUCCUGCGAGAAGCUACCAUUCAGAGGCUUUCCUCCACCACUGCUGAUGCUGAUCCUACAGCAUAUGUGGUAUUCACUGACUGCAAUAAACCUGCAGGAGAGGAAGCUGUGUCUGUCUCAAAACUAAUGAGACCAGGCAUAAAUCACUUUAUCCAAGAGAAACCAGUUUUUCCCAGCAGUGCCACAGACGCCAGGAAAUGUGUGCCCUUAGAAUUGAAUGGUGUUGGUGGAGACAAAGUGCCUUACACUAUCAACAGGUAUCUGAGAGAUUACCAGAGAGAGGGCAUCAAGUUUAUUUACAACAAUUACAUCCAUUCCAGGGGAUGUAUCCUGGGGGACGAUAUGGGAUUAGGAAAAACUGUACAGGUCAUUGGCUUCCUUGCUGCUGUGUUGCACAAAACGGGCACAUGGGAGGACAUUGAAAACAACCGGCCUGACUUUCUGCAGAGUCAGGUCCCUUCCAAUCAGAAUAAACCAAACAAAGUAUUUCUGAUUGUGGCUCCAUUGUCAGUGCUUUAUAACUGGAAGGAUGAACUGGAGACAUGGGGUCACUUCCAAUGUGUGGUGGUCCAUGGGCUGAGGAAAGAGGAGGAGCUGUCUCGCAUUAAGAAGGGCCGAACUGAGAUUGCUUUGACCACCUAUGAAACUCUUCGCCUCUGUCUUGAUCAGUUUAACAGCAUAGACUGGUCGGCUGUGGUUGUGGAUGAGGCCCAUAAGAUAAAGAAUCCAAACUCACAGAUCACUCAGGCCAUGAAGGAGCUGAGAUGUCAGGUUAGAAUUGGCCUUACCGGUACCAUUUUACAGAACAACCUUGAGGAGCUGUGGUGUGUCAUGGAUUGGGCCCAGUCUGGGUGUCUUGGCAGCUUAGGACAUUUCAAAAACAAGUUUUCAGAUCCAAUUGAGCAAGGACAGAGGCACAGUGCAACCAAACGCGCUGUAGCAACAGGCAGGAAGACUGUCAGAGCCCUUGUGAGGAAGAUUUCUCACUCAUUCCUCAGGAGGACUAAAGCUCUCAUCAAAGAGCAGCUGCCUAAGAAGGAUGACAGGGUGGUGUAUUGCUCUCUGACAGACUUUCAGCAGACAUUAUAUCAGACAGUUCUGGACACUGAAGAUGUGACAUUACUGCUGACAGCUUCAGAGAAAUGUGACUGUCAGAGUGGGCGUACCAGAAGGCGCUGUUGCUAUGAGACAAACUCAGAAGGUGUGGAAUUGAAAAAGCUGUAUUUCACUUAUUUGACCAUAUUGAGGAAGGUUGCCAACCAUGUAGCCUUGCUUCAGUCAAGCUCAGGCACCAGCAAGAAUCAGGAAAAGUACGUGAGUGGCAUUUGUAAGAAGGUCUUCCAAAAGUUUCCAGACUUUGUGCAGAGGUGCAAGGAUGAAGCAUUUGAGGCCUUGUCAGACCCGAUGUACAGCGGGAAAAUGAAGGUUUUGCAAAAGCUGCUCAAAUAUUAUCUUCAGAAGAAAGACAAAGUGCUUCUUUUUUCCCUCUCAACUAAGCUCUUAGAUGUUCUGGAGAGUUACUGCAUGGCUGAGGGGUUGGACUACAGCAGGUUGGACGGAAACACCAAAUCCAAAGAGAGAGUCCAGAUCGUCAAAGACUUCAAUAGCUCCUUUCACAUCAACCUCUGCCUGGUUUCCACCAUGGCAGGGGGUCUUGGUUUAAACUUUGUUGGGGCCAAUGUGGUGGUGUUAUUUGACCCCACAUGGAACCCAGCCAAUGAUCUCCAGGCUAUUGACAGGGCGUAUCGGAUUGGCCAGUGUAGGGAUGUGACUGUUCUCAGGCUCAUCUCACUGGGGACUGUUGAGGAGGUUAUUUACCUGAGACAAGUUUACAAACAGCAACUACAUUCAUCAGUUGUGGGUAAGGAGAGUGCCCGACGCUACUUUGAGGCCGUGCAGGGUCAUGAUGUCCAUAAAGGGGAGUUAUUUGGGAUCAGAAACCUCUUCAGGCUGCAGACCCAAGGGACAUGCCUGACACGACAGAUUCUAGAGCGAGAAGGACAUGUGGAGGUUGGUGUAAUGACCACCAGAACACACACAGGCGAAGAGAAGGAGGAGGAAGAGACGACAAAGGGGCUUAGUGAACCUGGAAAUGGGCCUUCCUCUAACGUACCUUCACUGAAUAAUGACACAACCAAGGACAAAAGAAGUGCAUCUGAGAUUCCCAGAAGGGUGCUGGAUUUCAGCAGUGGGAGCGAAGAAGGUGAGAGGGAGCACUGGGUGAAGAAGAAAGUCUCAGAUUCCAGUGCACUGGAUGGCACAGCAGGUGGAAAAGUUGCUACUGGUUCUGGCAGAAUGAGUCUACUCCAGCAUGGAUUCUCCAAACUUCUCCAAAGGGUAAAAGUAAAACCAAGAACAGGGGAAGGGGACAGUAGUUCAGAUAUUGAGGAAAGCACCUCUGAUGAAGAUGAUAAAGAUGAAGAAAAUCCAAGAAAGAAGACAGAAAGCUCCAGUACAACAAAAAAAGCAGCAUCUUUCUUUAAAGUAGAAAGAAAGAAAUGGGAAAUCACCAGUGACUCCGCCCAGGAUGAGAGAAAUGUUAAGAUGGUUUCUCUGUUGAAGGGCAGCAAUGAUGAUGCAAUAAAGAAUCAUGACCUUAAAGGCUGGACAACUAAGAAAAUGAUUGUGGAUGUGGAUUCCUCACCAGACAGAAAGAAACCUAACAAUCUCAAAACGUUUGUCCCAAAAAUUCAAGUUUACUCAGAUGAAUCAGAGGAUUUGGACAUGAAUGUAAUGACAUCACAUGAUAAAAGAGGAGAAAAACUGUCCUGUAACAGAAAGAGACUGAGUUCCAGUGUUAGAAACAAGUCCGGAUCCAAAUACACAGAAAAUAUAGAAACAUUCACAUCAUCAGAAGAUGAACACCCAAGUGUAAAAAAAUCAAGACGUGGAGGACCAAAAACAGACACAUCCAAAGGGGAUUUUCCAACAGAGAGGGAACGAGCCGCAGCAACCACAGGACAACAGACAGGAAAACCUAAAACUGUUUCAUUCACAGGUUUAAAGAAUCAAACAUCCCCAACGUCUAAAGGAAAGACUGGAAGUAUUGACUCCGUGCUAGGGGGCGUACAGGAGGUGGUGUAUACCCACUCUAACCAGAAGGUGGUGGGUGGGAGCAAAGCGGAGGAGCUGAUCAGUCGAGCUGCCAUGAGAGAUGUUUUUGAGCGCAAGAUGUUCUCUCAGCUUCCAGCCAAUCACCUUCUAGGCACCCAGGAGAGUCUGUCAGAGAGCCCACCAGACAGUCAGCCUUUGUCUGUCGCUGUCGGCCUGGAGAAGCCUAGAGCAGAACAUCCUGUCACCUUCAGCAGCAGGAGUGUACAUCACACCAGACACACCACCUUCAUGAUUGGAGAAACUCCUCAGGCUAUAUGCAGGCAACAAUUGGAGGAAAUGGCAGAAAAGUUCAGAUUCCCCUCAGCUGACCAAUUUGCUGUGGAAAUUCUCCGAAGCAACUCAACCCAGCGACUGACCUGGUUACGGGAGUAUUACACCUCACUGAACAACCCCGAAUUGGCCAAGACAGUCACAAACAAGUUCCCACAACCUGAUUCAGCACAGACCGCCUCCACUUCAAGUGCCAAACGCUCACCUUCCACCCCAGUGCCUCGUACAACUGCUACAAAAUCUCUCACAGAAAGCAAGGGUAUGCAAAAGAGAAAGAAAAAGCCAAAACAUCCAGAAGAAAAGUCUGAAAGUCCCAAAAACAAUGUGUCUGUGAUCCAUAACGAGCCAAGAAAGCCCCAGGACAAUUCCACAGAACCUCAGAAAAAGCAGAAGAUCCCACAAAUGAAUGCUGUAGAACCUGUGAAAAAUGUUUCAAGGCCUGAGUUAGAGGGUCAGGAGGAGACCGUCGACAGUGCCAGUGGACACAAAAGGACUAAAAGAGGUAGUGUUUCUAGUUCUGGAGGCUUUAGAGCCAGUGGUGGUCUUGGCUUUGAUCAGACUGGCAGCAGUGGUCGGGGGCCUGAGGAGGCUGCUGCUUCCUUGAACCGCAGAGACAGAAAUGCCCCUUCUUCUCCAGACCUCAGCCACGGUCGGUCCAGCACUUUAUCCAAACCCACAGCACAGGGAACAGAGGGAGAACAGAACUCUUCCCAAAUCACAGAGACUUUUCAAGGCCAGAAACAAAAUGCUCAAACCCCAUGUACCUCCGCUCAUCAUUCCUUGCUUACUGACUUGAUUGGAGACACCUCGAUCCUCGAUGAUUUAUUUAAACCUAAGACUAAAGGUGCACAACAGAGGGGCUCGCCAAAAACACCCAAUACAUCCUCACUCUCAAUAAGUAACAGUCUUAGCAAACCUUCUACGUCCAGAAUGACUGAGUGCCUGGAUGCUGGCUCAAAAGACCUCUUAGAUCCGAUUUCCUGUCCGAGUUCUCAUACAAAACCUGUGCAUCAAAUCAAUACGCCGGUGCAGGCAUCAAAGGGCAACAGAAAGGACUUUUGGGAUAUUCUGCAUGAGGGCAAUGAAGAGAGUAUCAACCGCUUGACAGACCCAGCAGAAGUUCAGAGAGUUUGCAUUAAGACUAACAUUGCAGCUAGAACUCGCUCUGGAGAAGAGGGAAGCAAGAAUCUGUGGAAAACCAAUGAGAAAUUCCUGUGGAAGAAAUAACACGGUUAAGUGUUGUUUUUUUUUAUUGUUCGCUAUUCUACAGAAAUAAUGUGUUUCCUCUGCUUCAUCUUCUCUUUUAUUUUGUGUUUUAGUUGAAAAUGUGUAAGUCAAUGGGUUUUUUUGUUUAGAAAAAAUUAAAACAAAGCCUUUCAGUUUACUAUACUCUGAGACUAAUGUUCGCUCGGGCAUAUGUACCAAAGGAUCAGUGUCGUUCUAACAGUUGUAGAACACUGAUAUGAUAAUAAGUGAAAGGAAACCCAACCUGCUGUAGCAGAUAGCCACAACUGUUAUAGAAUACCUCGACCAUUACUGCGUGACUGUUGGUGGCCCUGCCGAGGAUUCGCUUAAAACCCCUUAAUGGCUGUUACAUCUCUGUCACUCUGAACCUCACUUGCUGUGUGAACGCGUAUCAUGUAGACGGUGUGGUUUCCCUUCACAGUAAUCUGAUAUUCACAUUUCAGAGUAGAAGCUCCUGUGCCAUUAGUGAAAUAACAACAAGCAAGUUGAAGAAUUAGUGGCGAAAGGACAGCACCGCUGGGAUCCAUCCUCCCCAGUGUCAAAUUUUAUUAUAGUGACAAAAAAUAUUUCCACCAUCCCAAACAUUCCGAAAGGUUACCGACUAGUGGGAAAACAAAGCUCGGUCUGAUGAUGUGAUUCUCAGGGAGUGCACAUGUGAGUGCCGAACCUUGCAGCUGUGUUUGAACUCUUUCAGCUGUUUCACUGAAGUAAGCAAAGCCCCGAAGAGAGCUGCUCUGUGUAAGUGUUGUUUUGUUUAGCAGAAAUGAGAAAGUGCUGAUAGGUAUCAAUAAACAGGAGAAAGGAAUACGUGCCUCGACAGGACACGUGGUGUGGGCUUGUGCAUGCAGUCCUUCUGGGUGGUAGAUCAGGACUAUCUUCUCACACAUACAUUAAGGCCACACAUCUGUCACACCUGUUCAAAUCCGAGAUGGAGGAGAAUAAAAAACCUUUUCUCUAUUCCCAA